CCUGGAACGCCAUAGUGUGUGACUUUAUAAUAAAUCAAAAAUUUAGUUAACAGGGUCAUCUUUUGAAAUUUCAACACCGUAGCUCUUCCACCUUCAUGUUUUCGUGUUUUGCGGUUAUAAACUAAACAUUCAUUGAUAAAAUGCACUCCUUUCAUUACCUGUCUGUCGCUUUGUGUGUUCUUCCGUCACUUUUAUUCUCCCAAGUAAACGGCUUUAGUGGGGUCCAGUCGUCCGCACAUGAUCGCUCGCGCAGGUUGGAGCACGUACGCGCCCUAAGCGGUAACCACCAGCCGCGGGCUCUCGAUCUCUCCGUCAAUCAGUCAAGAGACACGAAAAUCUCGAAGAGAGACACAUUUACUUAUUUUCAAGAUGGCUCUGGUGCCUGUGGAGCUUUCAAUCAACCUACCGACUUUAUUGUUGCGCUCAGCACAUGUGACUAUGAUGGAGGUAGCCAUUGCUUCCAAAUGAUGACUAUCACCGUGAAUGGCGUGUCGACGCAGGCCCAGGUUAUGGACGAGUGCCUUGGAUGUCCUUGCGGGGGACUUGACUUCAGUCAGGGUCUUUUUGAGUUCUUCGCGCCAACCAGCGUCGGGGAAUUAUCUGGAUCGUGGAGUUAUGUCAGUGCUUCCACCUCGUCCACGCCUCUGCCGUCUACGACGACAAAGCAGUCUUCCACUAGUACCACUAGUACUUGGACGCCACCCACUACCACCUCAUCAAGUACUCCCACACCCACCCUCACAACUACGAGCACCUUCGCAGCUACAACCACAUCUCUGCCGACUACCCGCCUCAACUCCCCCACCAACUACGACUUCGUCCACCGCAUCUCCCCUCCCUACUUUUAGCCCCGAUAAUCCUCAAAUCCUCGCACAAGCUAACCUUGGGCUGAUUGAGCUCGGUUCACUUCUCCAAGCUUGCGCGGCAUUGUCUUCAGAAUCAUAGACAUCUUUACCCUCAAAACACACUCAUUAAAUACGU